AUGAAUCCAAACCUUGCACUCAUUUUUCUGGGAAUUUCAAUUGGAAUAACCACUGUACUCGACAUAACCGGAGUAUUCACCAACUGUUGGUUUAGCGAUGGCCGAAAUUGUACUGGUAUAGUCCCAUUUGAUUCGACGGAACCUGCGUGGCUAGCGGCAACCAGUUGGAUGUUGUUCGUAUCGGUUGCAGUUAUAGCGGGAUGGUCGUAUUGGGUUACACUCUCUUCGAUUUUCGCUAUCGGCAAUGUCCAAGUCUUUGCAAAGGCUGUACAACCGCACUGUAUUGCAACUUGA